AUGAGCACAGGGGGCUAUAAAGAACCGAAUCACGACGAGAUCGAUAUUCCAAACGUGGCGCCGACGUCGCGGUUAGGCCUAGCGACUUCUUCCGCUGAACUUAGAACGAGUGCAGAGUCGAAGGUUACGGCAACAGAGCCAGGCAUCUCCGGACAGACUCCAGCCUCGGACAAUGAGGACGAUUCUCGUCAAUUGGACAUCUCUACAAGAUUUUCGGGGGUUUGGGAAACCAAGGAAGAUAAACCAGCUGGCUUCAAAAGUGGCGCAAAGUCGGUGGGUGAAAAUGUCUUUGAGGAAGGAGAAAUGGGCGAAGACUUGGAAGACAGAACAACAUCACUAUCGGGGGACAUGGGAUCUGCGAGGACAGAACCUCUAUCACUAGGAGUAGGAGAAGGCUUCUUCAUUACGUCAUAUCCGUCAAAUCUUGUUGAGGACAGAAGCGGCUCGACUCAAGAUACUACAGCGUUGAAGCCAUUUCGUUCCGAAGGUCGAAACUCAUCACUAGACUUUCAUAUCAUAGAUUUGUUGUCAAUCCCCAGUAAAACACCUAGCGAUUUUGACGGGAGUUUCCAGAAUAAUUUCUCUGGCGUAACCAGGUCAACGGGUGGCUCUAAAGAAUUCUUCGUAAAUCCAGCACCUUCUGUCCCAACGUCAACAGUUGCUGCAAAGUCUCCUCCUGAAUCAAGAAACGAUGGAGAUGUUUUCUUUCCAGAAGAACUGACAUGUGACAUGAUAUGUGAUAGUUGCUACGGGGACAGCUUUACGUCAGGCGACAAACAAAUAGAUAGGGAACAUGUCGACAAGCAAACAUCCAAGGAACAUCACAAUAAGCAAACAUCCAAGGAAUGUGCCAACAAGCAAACAUCCAAGGAAUGUGCCGACGAGCAUACAACCACGGAACAUCCGGACAGCACCAUUUCAAACUCCUACAGUGACGUCUUCACCGAAGACGAUGGUGGCCAAACGGUGCCCGGUGGUGCGGACACUCCGAGGUGUGCAACAUGGGGCAAGCACACGGGGAAGUUUUCUUGUUCCUGCCACACCAGCUGUCUCAUCUACGGAGACUGCUGCCCAAAUGUGUUUGAGAAAUGUUUCCGUGCUAGAAAUGAGUCGGAUCUAUUGGAUAGAAUUCUGGCAGAAGAGGCGAGACGUGAAGCUUGGCCGUUUACAGGGAACUUACCUCAUGACCAAGAACUUGCCAGAGACACUGGCCAAUCAAAACAGUUGGUUGACUUCUAUAACACACAGUUUGGUCAAUGCGUCGGUACAGGGUAUACAUCUUAUCAAAUAGUGUCCAGGUGUCCUAGUGGACAUUUAGAUAACGUUGUAAGGGAAAUGUGUGAACACCAAACGAAUCCACUUUUGCCGAUUGUGUCGUUUCAACAGCGUUCCUUCCAUCUUGUGUUCAGAAAUGUGCAUUGUGCUGCUUGCCACGGCAUAGAGAAAAGUGAACUCACAGUCUGGAAAAGUGAAAUUACGUGCGAGAAAGAUGUUGUUCCGGAAUCUGCACCUCCCACUUUGGCCAAGAUAAAGGAAUAUGUGAAGGACAAACUUUGUACCAUGGCACACGGGGAACCUCCUGAGGUAUGUUCACCUAGGAGCUGUCGCCCAGAGUCAUCACUUGCUGUGGUAGACAGAAAUGUUCUGAGAGAACAAGUCAGGACAGGGAACUGUUCUCAGCUGGACGCCGUGUUGUGCAGAGCUUACAUCUUGCCUUCUGGGACAUACAAAAACCCGCACUGUGAGAUGUGUCAGUCGCCAAAUAGAACUAAAGAUAAAAUUGGAGCUGUAGAUGUUCUUGCUUUGCCCAGUUGUACAACGAACAAGGAAUAUAUUGCAGGUCCGUCAUUUGAUGUACCUAGUGGGCCUCGAGGAAUUCUGCUUGUACUGGACAUCACUGGACAAUACAGCUCUGAGAAAGGACAGAGCCAUGUCCAGGGGUACCUGUGUGAGGACGACCAGGUGUUUGAGCCGCUGACCCAGACGUGCAUACAAAGGUUCUGUUCUCCCGGGUUCGAGCCUUAUCGAGGUCAGUGUGUGCCGUCAAACGUACAGACAAUGGUACCUAAGGAUACGCAAUAUUUUCCUGAUGGUUGGAGUUCUGUUAAAUUGUCUUUUGUACUUGACGAAAGUAGGGCGGAAUCCCCCCUUCACUGCUGGUCCAAAGAGAUCGAGGAGAUGUUUGCUUCACAAAACUCUCAUACAGCGCCCGGGUUGGAAAAUAUAAUCAUUCUCAGAUAUGUCACGGAAAUGCAAUCGGACUUUAAAAACUUACAACGUACCGCCAAAAACUUGCACACUGACAUUGAGGACGCGUUCACUGAGUUCAAAGAAUUGCAAACAGACUUUGCAGCUUUGCAAAAUGAUGAAACAGAACUAAUGGAGAAUCUAAGAGAAAUGGAGAGAAAUGUUGAAGUGUUCCUGCAGACUUUGAAAGAAUUGCACAAGAACUCUAAAGAUCUGCGAAAUGAGUUGCAACGUAGUUUGGGAACAACAACAACAGCAACAACAGACGAAUAUCCCUGUCUUGAGAAGGAACUCCUGAUGCCUGAAGUUUCUAACAACGGGCCGUCUGUACACCAGCCAGCUGCUGUUACAGUGGAAGUAACAAUAGCUGUAAACACCGAUAAAGCAGGUUCGCUAAAUAACUUACGGUACGCGGUCAGCGAGUUAGCGAAGUACUCGGACCGUUCGAGGAGAGUUCUCAGUGUGUCUUUCACGAAUGUCAUACACAGAGCUGAGACUGUGUGUCCUUUCAAUGGCCACCCGAGGAACCUCAGAAACCCAGACAUUCAGACCAUCAAAGGUAAGCAGUAUGCACUUGAGAAUACAACACAGGGAGGCAUUUACUUCCCUCUAGAACACAUUGGUUUUUCUGUCAAGCUUGACCAUUAUAUUUCUCACCUCGGUACUUUCAAUUCUUCACAGGACACAUUUACUAUUUGUGAAAGUAACCUCUUCAAUAACACAGAGUGUGUUGUGGUGUCGUAUUGGUUAAACCAAACAGCUAUCAACGGCACAUCACUGGUCGUUCUUCAAACCGGAGACAUUUAUACAGAGGGAAACUUUGAGCUCGUGGACGAUAAAGCUUUCGUUUGUUCGGAUCUAACAUUUGGAGCUGGGGUCGACACGGAUGGGUUCAGUCUUACGUUCAACAUUAUAUCACUGACAGCAACUUCACUUUCUAUACUUGCUUUGUUUGUCAUGCUGCUAAUUUAUGGAAAGUUUUCAGAAUUAAGAAACCUCCCUGGAAAAAUGACGGCCAACUUGGCAGGCUGUAUGAUGACCAUGUACAUUUUGAACAUGUUCACGUACUUCGAUAUUCACAACGACUACGUCUGUCCUGUCUUUGCUGCUCUCCACCACCUUUUUGCCUUGGCUUCCUACGCCUGGAUGUCUGCUAUUGCCGUCAAUAUGGCGCUCACUUUUGGUGCCAGAGUCAGUAACCCCCUGGACGCUUUAAGCAGUAAUGCUCUUUUCAUACGUUUCUCAGCGGUUGUCUGGACCGUCAGUGUUUCAAUAGUUAUGACGUCAUUACUUCUUGAUAUCACUCACCCCGAUGACGUAACUGUGGAAGGAUCUGAACACGAGGACGACAGCAAUGAUGUCCAAUCUACUGAAAAGUGGAAUGUGAAUACCACAGACAUGAACGAGGAAAAUAGUACAACCCAGGCCAUGAACAUAAUACAGACACACCCUCAACAGCCAAGUGAACCCAGGUUCCCGCGGUAUGGCCAUCCUAUAUGUUUCUGGUUCUCCGCCCCCCUUUGGGCUCGGUUGACAUUUAUCAUCGGCCCGUAUGCUCUGUCCUUUAUUGUUAAUGUAGUCGCGUUUACAAUCACUCUCGUCAGCAUCAAUAAAGCGAGCAAGGCGUCAGAAAAAAUCUGCAAAAAAAGUUCCGACCGACUGACUUGCAUAAUCUACUUAAAGCUCUCCACCGCUAUGGGCUUCACUUGGAUCUUAGCGACACUGCUACCCGUGUUCCCCUCCAGCCGUGUCCUGGAGAUUGUCUACUCCCUGCUGGUGUUACUUCAAGGACUUCUGCUUGUCCUGGCCUUUAUGGGCAACAGACGCGUGUGGAAUCUGCUGGUGGCUUGCUUCAAGGCUCGCAGAGCUUCGUCGUCUACGGGGUACACUUCCACCAGGAGUUCUGGGGAAACCAUGAUUACUGACUGAUCGCUAUCUUAGAAUUACAAAGUUCUAUCUGAUAUUUUUAAAAGCUGUUUUGGGUUACUAAGACCAUAAGAU